UGGUUUUGCAAUCUUCAGCGCACGCCGUGCAGAUGAAUAUGAGGAGUAACCCAACUUCUAUCAAACUGGGUGGUUGCUGGUUGUAUUUGCAGUUACUUUACUUGGACAGCAUUGACCUUGGAGAUAACAACAUCCCUUUAAGCUGGUAUCCAAGAAUCAGAUGGUACGAUACACGAUUUCUGCUAGAGUUCACCAAUCAUUAUGAGAAGUGCAAAGGCAUGAAGGCUAAGAACGCAUAUUUGAACAGGAAGAGGCGUGUACCAAGCGACCAUGAUGAUAAAAGUAUGCCCACAUGCCCACUCCCAGAUGAAAGCAAAGAACAAAGUACUCGACCAGCCGGGCAAGAAAGAACUGGCAGCAAACCUAACCAGAGAUCAAUGCCUUCUAGGCACCAUGCAGAUGGUAGCAAAGAGGCAUGCGCAGAACAUGGUGACCAAGACUUCAAGACAACUCGACAGCAAAGUGGGUGUACAGUGGGAGACGAAGCUUUGGGACCCACUACAAUAGAGAAAAUUGUAGAACAAAUUAAACAUGGCCUUGAACAAGUUACAUCGCAACUAGAAAUUGUUGCCAACACUGCUCAUGAAGAAAAUAAGAGAAACUUUGAGGCACAGGAACAAAGAAUAAGUGAGUUAUUUGGAGACAUGAAAAGAGUGGUGUCAGGACUUAGGGAAAGCCUUGUCAAGUGUAUCAUGGCGCACUGUAGGGUCGAAGGAACGCAUGAAGGCAUAAAAUAUAGUCCGGAAGGAGUUAAUUUUAAAGCACCAGGAAAUGCGGCAGAUUCGAAGAUACAUGGGAAAUGGUCAGUUCAAGGGGGCAUUAAGAAAGACAUGCCUCCAUGGUAUGAGGAUAAUGGACAGGGCAUAGGAGAAGAAGAUGUUGCUGUGAAUGAUCAAACUAAAAGGAAAAAAUAUCGUGUAUCUGAAAUGGAUGCUGAUAGGGACAACACAGCAUUCGACGUGGCACCAGCACAUGAAACAGGGCGUGGACCUCAGCAGGAUCUAGGCUCAAAUGUGGCGGCUGAAACAACCCAGUCUGAUGGCAUGUAUACUUUCCAGGACCAUGGAAAAACAGAUGAACCAUAUCUGAUGCAGCAACAGCCAGUGUUCGACUGCACGCCAGAGAGAAGUGGAGGACCUUCAACACGAAUUCCGUUGUGGCAAAGUGAAGGAGAUAAUUGUGUGAAGAACGUUGAAGAGGAAGUAAAAACAACGAGUGCAAGGGGUGAAAGAAUUAAGAAGGGUUUGAGCAAUCCAAGCUUCGGCAACAAAAAAAGAGAACUCUGAUUCAAUCUCAGCUUCAAAACGCAGAGUAAUUUAAAAAACAACAACAAGAAGGUUGUGUACCAGCAGUUCUGCCAAUGAGGUCGCAGGAAUUGAAAAUUUGUUAGGACAGAAAGCUAUUAUUCCUGUUUACAUGAAGGGAGUAACACCUGUGAAGUGCCACGUUCCUGAGAGGCGGGUUCCUCCAUCGCCAUUUGACCUCAACUUGAAUCCAAGAACCAAGAGCAUAACUAUUGUUGAGAAGAUGUUCCAGCACUUUGUGGAAGAGGAGUACACAGUUCUAAAUAGGGUCUGGUUUCUCCAUGAUGAACUGUGGACACUAAGCCUAACAGGAAGACAACUUUGGGUGGCAUUUGCCAAAUUUGCAAUCAUAAACACUGAAACGUUCGAUGCAAUCAUUAGAUUAUUACAAGAGGAGGACAGCAUGAUGUACAAGGAUUGUUGCUGCGAGCACCAACAAUGGCGGCACCUGCUACCUCCUUGCUUCUCAGAUUUUGUGCUGGCGAAUGGAGAAGGCACUUACAGUGAACAAAUCAAUGAAUUGUUCCUGGGGUCUCACCUUGGCAGUAAUGCAGAGCAUUGUAGACUAGUAACUGAUGCUUUGCUCGAGCCACGAUAUUUCAUAUUAUGUUAUGGUUAAAUGGUGCUGUAAUUUUGCAAAUAAUGUUACCAUGCGCUCAAGACGGGCACUGGUCCUUGUAUGCUUGGGAUGUAGAGAAGAAACGAAUACAUGUACUAGACUCUGUGUUAUGCCAAAAGAGACGAGAAGAGAAGUGUGUAGUGCACGGUGACUUAAUUGCGUCAUUGCAUUCCAAAUUAUUUGACUGCAUCUCAGAACUAUUCAGUGGACUGCACGAUGAUAGAGGCAGAUAUAAGAUCACAUUCUAUAAUCUUGCACAUGCACCGGCGUUGAGAUAAGGGACAUGAAGAUAUGGGAGGAGUCAGCGUUUUAUGUUGUGCAUUAUAUAAAGUGGUUCGAUGGAGAGCGACUGACGUUCACUAUUAAUGAGCGCAAAGCAAAAAAUGCACGGAUGAGUAUAUUCUACAACCUGAUGCAAAUGGCUGCAAACCAAGGAUGGAAGCCUAAGUACCUCGAUGUGGAUGUAGAGACCAAGUGAUUCUUAAGUUUAACCCUGGAUAUUGUGCCUGUUGCUGCCAAGAUUGUUGAAUCUUUUGUGGGGGAAGGAAAGGCAAAAAACUAGUCAGUUGCCAUGUCUGCUAUAAACUGUGUUAAAUAUCCAUUGUGUAAGCAUAAAGGUUCUAGAUAUUCAGUACUAGGUACAUUGCAUGGAAUGAGCAGUUCAUUUAUCUA